UCAUGAACCAAGCAAAUCAAACUGAGUUCAUAAUACACAUUUAAAACUACCAUAAGCCACUUACACACCACCAUCUAGUUUCUCUCCUUUCCGAAUUCACAUAUGGGUUUUGUUGCAUCAAGCGAUUUCGAUGUGAAACUUGAGAAACAAGAAGAAGAUGGCUUCUUGAUUGCAAAAAUGGCAUGUUCAGUUGUGGUUCCAAUGGCUGUGAGGACCACAAUUGAGCUUGGUGUAUUUGACAUCAUGGCCAAAGCAGGCGAAGGUGCAAAGCUUUCAGCAAAAGACAUUGUGGACCACAUUGGAGCCAACAACCCUGAAGCAGCAUCAAUGUUGGAUCGUCUUCUUAGGCUUCUUGCAAGUCACUCAUUACUGCGUUGUUCGGUUGUUGAACAUCCAGAAAACCCUAAUAACUUGCAUCAGAGGCUGUAUAGCCUCGCACCUUGUUCCAAAUGUUUUGUGAGUGAUGCUGAUGGUGUGUCUUUGGGACCCUCAUUGUUGCUGUCUCUUGAUAAAGUCUUCUACGAAAGCUGGAAUGAAUUGAAAGGAGCUAUCCUUGAAGGAGGAACACCAUUUAAUAGGGCUCAUGGCAUGCAUGUCUUCGAGUAUGCAAAGGUUGAUGCUAGGUUCAACAAGGUUUUCAAUAAAGCAAUGCACAACUCCUCCACUGUAUUAAUGAAGAGGAUUCUUGAUGUCUAUAAAGGCUUUGACCACAUCAAUAAACUAGUGGAUGUUGGUGGUGGUGUUGGGGCAAUUAUCAAAUUGAUCACUUCCAAACACCCUUAUAUCCAUGGUAUCAAUUUUGAUUUGCCUCAUGUCAUAGAAUGUGCCUCAGCCUAUGAUGAUGGUGUGGAGCAUGUGGGAGGAGAUAUGUUUGAGAGUGUUCCAAAUGGAGAUGCCAUUUUCAUGAAGUGGAUACUUCAUGAUUGGGGCAAUGAAGAUUGCUUGAAGAUAUUAAAGAAUUGUUACAAGGCUAUUCCCAACGAUGGAAAGGUGAUUGUGAUGGACACAAUUCUUCCUACUGUUCCUGAGGACACAUCUUCUGCCAAGAACGCUUUUAGAAAUGAUGUUAUCAUGAUGACUCAAAUGCCCGGAGGAUUUGAGAGAACCCAACAAGAUUUCAUGAACUUGGCAAAUGGAUCUGGAUUUAGUGGCAUAAAAUUUGUGUGUUGUGUCUCUAGCUUCUGGGUCAUGGAGUUCUACAAGUAAUUCUAUGCACAUGUACAACUAUGUAUUAUAUUAUACAUAUUUGUAUCUCAAAUGUUGACACAAUAAUGUGUCUUGUUAAUUAGUUGUUUCAAUUGAAUAAGUGUGUCUGUUUGGACGUCA